AGCCUGUUUUCCAAGAUGGCGGACGAACCAGAUCAACGUACCGUAGAAAGUCUGCCGUUUUCGCCGUUUUGUGGGAGAAUUUUCAACCGGAAAUUUUUAGCAAUUCUUGUUCUUGGUCAACUGUUGUCCUGGCUUGUUUGUGGAACUGGAGUCUUCAGUCAGCUUUUAGUGACUAAUUAUGGUAUCGAGAUUCCAACAACACAAAGUUUCUUGAACUAUUUAUUAUUAGGAUUUGUGUAUACAACAACACUCGCUUGCCAUCCCAGGGACUUCAAAACUAGACUAAAAGAAACAGGAUGGAAAUAUUUUCUGUUAGCACUUUGUGAUGUAGAAGCCAACUAUUUGGUAGUGAAAGCUUACCAGUACACUAAUCUUACAAGCAUUCAGGUUCUGGAUUGUUUUUCUACAAUAUCAGUUUUGGUACUCUCAUGGAUAUUCUUGAAAGUACGCUAUGAAUGUAUUCAUUACUCAGGAGUGUUAACCUGUUUGGCUGGCAUUGCCUGUCUGGUUGUAGCAGAUUAUUAUGGAUCUCGCUAUUAUGGCUCAGGUAAAAACCAAGCAAUAGGAGAUGUUCUUGUGCUGUGUGGUGCUGUUAUGUAUGGAGUGUCCAAUGUUGCACAAGAGUUUGUCGUCAAGAAUUUUAGCAGAGUCGAAUUUCUCGGCAUGAUUGGUUUAUUUGGGAGUAUCAUAUCCGCUAUCCAGAUGGUUAUUCUUGAAAGGCAUCAACUGUCAACCAUUGAAUGGGACUCUAAAAUUGUUUUGUUCAUCAUUGGCUUUGGCCUUUGUUUGUUCUUACUUUACAAUUUGAUGCCAGUGGUCAUGAAGCUCAGUAGUGCCACAGUUGUCAACUUGUCUCUGUUGACGGCAGACUUUUACAGCUUAUUCUGUGGCUUAUUUCUAUUCCACUACAAGUUCUCAGCACUGUACCUUGGAUCAUUAGGAUUUAUAAUACUUGGCGUAAUUGUAUACAAUCUGAAGCCGACGCCCAGCCAGGCUGCCUCUUCUGGUACCCAGGCCUUAUCUUACAGACGAAUUGAAGACGACUCGCAGCAAACGGAAGACGACUCAGCGGCAUCGUCAUCAGCAUCAUCUUUGGUUGGUCACAUGACUAAUGGAUGCUGUCGGGAAUUAAGAAUGAUUUCUUUGUGAUAAUACUGUGUGUGAAAGAAAACCUGCUAAGUGAUAAGAUCUGAAAUGAUUCUUGUGAGCGAAAUUUGCCCAGACUGAAAUAUCUUAGCAUUGCAACUUUGUGGUCAUUGCUGGGUUGUGACAAGGUACUUUUCUGACGUUCAAGUGAAGCAGUGCCAUGUUGCAGCCCAUAAAACAGCUGAGGAGAUUUCAAGACCUGUCUGUGGUGAAAUGGGGACCAGAAGUUGUUAAUCUCAAAUCAACCUCUUUUUGAUUGCUGCCAUCAAUUAGACUACGAGUAGUCCCUCCUUUGCUCAGUCCGUCGAGUGAAACCGUAAACCGCGAGAAAAAAUGGCCGUUCGAAAUCCCGGGGUGAGAAGCACGCGAAAUCGCGGGUUUCGUUCGCGUCUCGCACGACGAACUAAGCGAAAGAACGUCUACUCGCAGUCCUCGUAGCCCUCGUCAUUUUUUUGAUGGACUAAAAAGUCAGCUGUUUAAUGGGCUUGUCAUUUGGUUGGACAAUAGUUUAUUUAAUAACUUAUUUCACGUAAUUUUCAUGAAUUUCUAAUCCACAUACUAUUAUAUUGCCAUGACGUAACGUUUUAGCCAUGUCCGAGUGCGUGCAGAAACCAAUUAUUGCAUAAUAAUAAACUACCGUAAAUAUUUAAUUGAAUACAUUUUAUUUUAUUAUCAUGGCAUUUGAUUAAAUUAUGGCUUUUAUUCUGUA